CUGCAUGGAUUUAUUGAUGCAUUGGUUUGUUUUAUCUGUAGUGUUUUAUGAUCAGUGAUUUACAGUAGCAUGACCAUCUGUUGUAGUUCAUUUUAUACAUAGUUGUUUUCUAUUUUUUUAUGUUCAUGAUCAAAUAUUAUUGGGUCAGACUUUAUAUUUGAAAUAUUCUCUCACUAGUCCUGUUGAGGAUUUUGGAUCUUUAUUUUUUGCUGUCAUUUAAGAAAUGGACAAUUUAAUAUAGUAAGAACUUAUAACACUCCACGAUGAUUAUCCAAUCAUUUGUAUGUUUUCAAUUUUAUUUUUCAAUCGCUGAGAUUCUCUAAUUGAAUCAGUUUUUUUGCAACUGAAAGGACACUAUACACACAGGAUCACAUUAUUCAUACCCAAGGCUAGUCAUUGCUGGGUAUGGCCUGUAUUUAUGAUAAUAACCAUUGUUUAAUAUUCCCCUCUUUAUUGGAGACUUGAGGAAUAGGCGGUGCUUGUAUUGGGUCAAAAUAACCUGAACAAGAAACCUUGGGUUACUAUUUUAUGUCACAAUCAAACAAUUAUUUUCCUGAUGUAAGAACAGGGUGAGUGUGUGCUGCACUCAAGUAUCAUUAGCCAGAGGAACAACAUCACUGCAUAUAGCAGUUAACAAUAAACCUUGAAAUUCUACACAGUGGAACAAGCCCAACCCUCAGCCUUACAAGAAAACUGAAAUUAGUAGCCUGUCAUCCAAUGACCGCAGUCUCUGACUGGUGAACACAGUAAGCAUGACUAAAACGUGUUUCUGGUGUGUUGAGUAUCAGGUUUCAAACUAAUGUAGGACUGAGUAUCUUGCUUUUUUUCUGUUGCCUUGAUUGACCAUUCCAGUGACAUCAGAGUGGAGGAAAUGUAUGUACUCUGAGCUGAGAAAACAUUUUUUGCUCUACAGGCAGCAGCACAAGGAAAGGAAAAUCAUUUAUUCAGUGUGAAGAAUGAGCGACAGUUUCAAGGAAGAGAGACAGUUCAGAGGUCUUUCACUGUCCCUGCAGAGGAGGGUCAUCCAUUUCGCCAGCGGUGAGACUCUGGAGGAAGAUGACAGUGAGGAGGAGGAUACAUUACAAGAGGAGGUGUUUAGGGAGCCUGAAGACAUGCCCAAACUCCCAUGGAGAGCUUUUACUUGGUCUCUGGGCAGGAAGUCAUUGCGCACUUGUGAUUUUCUUGGGGAAAAACUGGCUGGUCUACUUGGUCUCAACACUGCCAAAUACCAGUAUGCUGUAGAUGAACAUCAGCGUGAUAACAAGAACACAGGCAGUAAAGACACUGAAUGCUCCUAUGAGAAAAGAAGGGAGGGAAGUCACCUUUCUUUGAGGAUGAGCAGUGAAUAUGGUGCCACAAGCUCCCAAGGAGUCCCAGCUGGUUCUCAAGCCACUGAGCACAGAAUGACAGGAUCCCACAACAUGGGUUAUCAAGAUGAUAAUGAGCACUGAAAAAGAACUAGGCUAAUAAACAAAUCAAAUGUUAUUUGUCAUAUGCGCUGAAUUACCGUGAAAUGCUUACUUACAACUCAACAAACAAUGCAAAAAAAAUGUAAGUAAAAAAAAAAAGCUAAAUAAACUAAAGGAAAAAUAGUAAAACAAUAGUAUGCAUUGAACUUGUUGUGCUAACAAACUAAGAGAGCAAAUAUUUAUAUUGCUGUGUGUAUUUGUUGGUGUUCCUCUGUGAUUUCUACUGUAUUGCACUUUAUCUGACUAUAUUAAUACCAUUCUGAAAUGUUAAUUAAAAACAUGCAGUAUA